AUGGAGCCCAAGGAGCUUACCCACACACAACUCGCCUAUGGACUUCUGUUUGGCGAGUCCCCUCGCUAUUACAACGGCCUCCUCUAUAUCAGUGAUAUGACUGGACGCAUCAUAUACACCAUAGACCCUUCCUCGGGCGAAAAGAAAGUGCUCCGUGAAGUUGAGAACCAGCCGAACGGCAUGUGCUUCUCCUCCGACGGUUCGCUCAUCUAUUCGUCCAUGUUUGAUGCUAAGCUAUACCGUCGAGAUGCCUCUGGUAAAGAUACACUGUACGCCGACAUGUCUGGCGUUAUGACUGGCUACUGCGGCGACAUGGCGAUCGACAACACUGGUCGUGUCUAUCUUGAUGACACAGGAGCACGGGUCUUACACGGCGAACAGCCGCGGCCGGGCCGCCUUCUCGUCAUCGAGACAGACGGCUCCGUCAAAGUCGCUGAGGAAAACAUCAUAUUUCCCAACGCCUUAUUCAUCAGCCCCGACGGCAAGGCGCUAUAUUGUGCGGAGACCUUUGGGUAUGGCCUGCUCAAAUGGGACAUUGGUGCCGGUGGCGAGAUCUCCAACCGCCAAAAGGUGUGGUCUCCCACCACAAUCUCACCAACCGGCGAGGUCGGCAAUACCGCCCACGGCCUUAUCGGUAUCGACGGUGGAUGUAUGGAUGACGAGGGAGGCAUGUGGUUAAGCUGCCUGGGCCUAGAAAAGUUCAUCCGUCUCGACCAGCAGGCAAACAUCACGCAUGAAAUCCAUGUAAAGGGUCAUGCAACGGCAUGCACUCUUGGCGGAGAUGAUGGGAAAACACUCUUUCUGGUCACCAAUUGGUUCCCAGAUGAUGAGGAGACCAUUUUCUCAGCGAUGGUUGCAAAGCGGACCAAAUGUACUGUGAGUUAUGCGAGAGUAGAUGUUGCAAAGGGCACGGCGCGGCCGUAG